UGAAUAAUAUAUAGACCCGGAAGUGGGGCGGGUACUGCUGCUGAGCUGUCGAGUCACCUCUGUCAGAAUGGAGGAAAACGAACUGUUAUCAUGCUAAAAACCGAAGGAUCCCGUUAAGGAAGCGUCGCUAAAAGAAGCAGAGACCCAACUCGUCGUCUAACCCGUACCCCCGCGUCGUUUAUCGUGACGAUUUGCCAAAAUGAUGGAAGAAAUCGACAGGUUCCAAGUGCCUCCAGUCAACGGAGAGACACAGCCUCUGGAUCCGGCAGCUUCCUCCGCCUCAGAGGCCGACCCGGACUCUAAGGGAGAGACGGUGGCCAUGAACUACAAGCCGUCGCCACUGCAGGUCCAAAUAGAGAAACAGAGGGACCUCGCCAGGAAGGGAUCGGUGAAGAAUGGCACUGUGGGAAGUCCUGUCAAUCAACAGCCCAAGAAGAAUGCCAGGACAAGGUUGGUGGUGCCAAACAAAGGCUACUCCUCUUUAGACCAGAGCCCAGACGAGAAGCCGCUGGUGGCGCUGGACACUGACAGUGAUGAUGACUUUGACAUGUCCAGAUACUCCUCAUCAGGAUACUCCUCAGCCGAGGUGAGAUGUCUGAGGGACCAGCAGAUCAACCAGGACCUGAAUAUUCAGCUCCUGAAGGAUGGCUACCGGCUGGACGAGAUCCCGGAUGACGAGGACCUGGAUCUCAUCCCCCCGAAAGCCGUCAACCCCACCUGCAUGUGCUGCCAGGCUGCUCCCUCCACAGCUUGUCAAAUUCAGUAGCACCAUCGCCCCCCAUUCAACGAUAAAAGCAUCCUGCUUGCCACCCGCACUGUGGCCGACUACUGACCAGAGUGGCAGCGAGGAGGAAGAACUAUCAACUGGCAACGGCAAAAAGGGAAAAAUAUAUAAAUGCUACAAGAAGAAGAAGAUGAGGAAACGUCAAAAGGAACAGUCUCUGUGCACAUUCCUCCUAUGGUUGGAUCUGUGCAUCCUCUAUUAUUUCUUUUGCGAGUACUUGGCAGGUGGCAGAAACGUUACCUUUAAGGAAACGCGUUACUUUCGCUUCUCCCUCGUUUGACUUUCAUCUCAUGCUUGUGGAUGUUUUGCUUCACAAGAACCAUGAACGUUAAAACGAGAAUGGCCUGCAAGGGUGAUUGGGUGUCAUUGAUGAGCAUCAGCCGGGGGAAGAACAACUUCUCCAGGAGCAGAUUCAGCGAACAAGAGGCGACCGGAGGUUUCGUAGUGGCCAUGCUUAGCUCCUCGUGUGUGUGUGUGUGCGCGUGUGUGCGCGUGUGUGCGCGUGUGCGCGUGUGUGCGCGUGUGCGCGUGCGUGCGUGCGUGGAUAUACAUAUACAUACAUCAUAUGACAUGAAAAUGACACGCGUCUGAUUAUGUCAGGAAAAGUAGUGCUUCAUCCUCAAACUGCUGAUAAAACACUCAUGCUUGCAGUGGCAAUGCUAGGAGAGCAGGUCCAGGUUAUUUUAGGUUAAACAGAGGCUGUGCUACUUUAAACGUUCCUUAUUGCGUUAGGAAGAAGCUUCAAAACAAAUGAUUUUGCAUGUUGCCUGUUAACACUGUGUCUAAUAAACAGCCUUUGCAGAUAAAUGACCCGUUUUUCUUGUCAGUACCAUUUAGGUUCAGCUACUACUGUAACAUCAGUAGAUGUAGGGAGUCAGAAAACGCAGAACAGCUCAUUUUCCUUUUGUGUUUAGUCAGAGGCCGUCACCUUUAUUGGAUGUGGUUACACUAAAACAUUUCUAAAAGGUUGAUGUGCAGAUAAGAAUGUAAUGAAAGGCAUCGGGGCGAUUUCAUAUUGCCUGGAUGGGAAUAAUCAAGGUAUGAAGAGUAUUUGAAAACACAUUUAUUACUUUAUUUAUAUUUUGUUACUUGUUACUUGUUACACUUUUUUUUUUAGUCUUGGGACAAAAGCUGUAAAUGUAGCAUCUGACACAUCUGUGUAUUGUCAACAUUUUUUUAUGCCAUUGGAUGAUUUUAAUGAUGCUGGAAAUGAAGGAGUCAAGUCAGAUAAAGGCCUGUUUUUAUUUUAGUUUGAUGUUUUCAUUGCUCACUCUUUAACUCUCACUUUCAUGUGAAUCUGUGUGAAGAUGAAGAGUUUUUUUUAAUUUUUUUUAUAGCAUUGUGCCACUUCCUGAUAACGCAUUCUUUUAAAGACUGCACUAUAAACUGUGGUGCAUGUCAUGUUGACUCAUGUCAUUCUGAGCGUUAUUGUAUUUGACAGGACUUUUUGGAAAACAUCUUUCAUAACCACCCAUCUGUUGAUUUAGAUUUUGUGAUUUUGUUAGAUUUGCAAGCACACGUGUGGUCGACAAAAAGGCAAUUAGUCAGAUAAAGGAAUAGUACUGCCUGACUAGCUUAUUUUUAAACCUUAGAGGAGUCUUACUGAUUAGGAAAAAACAGCUUAGAUGAUAUUUCUCAACAAAUAAAGUGCCAUUCCUUUAGAUAAGUAGAAAACAGGCACAAACAGAACUCAAUACAGUUCAAUACCGUAUAUCUUCAAUGCAGCUAAUAGCUGAGGCGAAUGUCCGACCUGUUAUCGUUAACAGUGAAGGACUGGAUGAGUGAUGAUAUGGUGCUUAAUUAAUAUCUUAAUAAUAGAUUCACACAUUGGUCGUAAUUAGUUGUCAUCUUUACUAAGUGAACUGUUUCUGGCCAAUGUUGUGUAAAUUGCAGAGUAGCUUCACUAACUUCAUGAGUUUGGAGUCUAAGGCAGUGCAUUGUAACAAGUUAUUUAUUUUAAGUUGUGCGUGUGUUUUAAUUUAUUUUUCAUGUGUGGGAACUGAUUCAUACUCGAAAUAGAUGCUUUUUUUAUUUGUCAGAUGCUUAUUAUGAUGAUCGUGAAGUGGUUCCAUUUAGAUUUAAACCAGUGUUAAAGUUCUGUGUAUAGUGCAACCUGUACAAAAAAAACAAAUAAAUAUUAGAUAUGUAGAGCA